AUGACGAAUGACGACGGCGACGGGAGCGACGGACGACGCGCUCGGUCCGCGAGCUCGGUCCUGCACUGGACGCGUGAUCGAGCGACGGCGGGACGCGGGGCCGGGGCGGACGCGGCGGGACAGCGAGGGGUGUACGCGCGGGGAAUCACGCCGAACGCGGCGCGGACGGUGACGGACUUCCCGGACGUGGCGCCGAGAAAGUUCACGAGCGCCGGUGAUUUGUUGCUGUGCGUCUCCAGACAUCAGCAAGAGCUCGUUGGGUAUAGGUUUAAGGGGAUGAGCGCGUGCGUGAAGAGGGAUGAGAGAGGGGUCGUGGUGGGAGGGGAGGGCGCGAGACGGGCGGCGCGGUCGUUUUGGUCGUAUUUCGACGAGGCGUGGACGACGAGAUUGAGCGAUGGUGAGGACGCGAUCGUGAAAGAUUUUAUGUUGGAGAUGCAUGAUGGGGAUUUUAUCGUGAUGGCGAGCGCGACGCCGCUGGAUGGCGCGUCCGUGGCCGCGGGUGGGGCGGUGCGAGAGACGGAGGAGGGCGCGCCGAUCGGAACCAGAGCGGGCGGCGGGAGACGAGGGACGGAGACACAAGAGACCUCGAGCGGGAUCCAAGGGGCACCGUCGAUGCAACGCAUCACUUUUCAUCUCGUGCGCACCGCCACGGGAGAGAAGCUGGACGCGUUUUCAUUUCGAGACGAUUUCAUGCACCUGCCUCGCAACGGCGCGGUCAGCAUGCGAGGCGACACGCUCGCGGUGCUCUCCAUGAAGCAUCAGCGGGUUGUUUUUCUCAAGGUGCACGCCGAGGGACGAUUUGAAGAAGUAAGUUCCAUCGGUGAGUACAUCACGGAGGGGGAUAAGGAGGCGGUGCGCGAGCAAGAAUCAGUGGAGCGCGCUUGGGCUGCGUCGCACGAGGAGUCGACAAAAAUCAUCGAGCGGGCAAAUGCACUCCCGAGAUCGGGUCGCUCAAUGCUCACGGGUCUCACGCAACGGCUGGUGACAUUUUUGUAUCACGAGGCUCGAGAGUCGUCGAACGUCGACGCGCUCCGACUGCUGCAUCGAAAUUUUGAGCGAUACGUGUCGCUCGUGAUGCUUCGCGUGCGAAUUUUGGAUGCGAAUUUGCUCCUGAUAAAAUUCGGCACGCCAGAGUACGCGUUGGCGCGACGCGGCGACAACGUCAUCGGUCCGACGAUGUACGCUGUAUUUGACAUCACGAAGGGCGCCUUUACGCAGACGGCGAUGAGCAUGAACGCGUCGAACAGCGUGGUAGAAGAGGACUUGAACGCGCCGCCUCGAGGAGAAACGCUCUGGGCGCGCUUCGCCGGGAGCCAAGGCGAGGCGUUGGCUCAGUGCAAUACGUGCACAUCUAGCAUCGAGGAAGAGGAUGAGGACGGGCUGAACACCGUGGCGGCGCGUUUAUUCCGCGCGCAGGAUUAUCCACCGCAGUUCAGAUCCCUCUCGCCGUACUUUGACAAGAGACUUUUCUCUUACGACGAACGCACCAUCACCGCCAUCGAUAGGCUGCAACCGCACGUUGACUUUGGCGUCAAAUUCGUCAGUCAGCGGCGUGGAUCGCGGCGUCGAAUCAGUUUCAAGCUCAUGGUGAACGACACCGUGGCGAACAGUGGGCGAAGCAAGCGCCGCGUGCAGUAUGUGUUCCACCCAGUGUAUCCCUUCGCGAUGUCCAUUUCCAUCGCAUAUAUGCAGCCGACGCUCGUGAAUUUCCACGUUCGAUCGGCGCCGGGAGAUGAGAUGCACGAAGAAAUUGUACAGAACCCGUAA